AUGGUCCGAUGCCGCGUGAAGAGUCCGAUUGAAAGUCCACCCGGGCAGCAGGGCUCCGGGCAGCAGGGCGAGACGGAGCGCCCGGAUCAGGCGCGGGAGCUGAGGCCGGAGGACAUCCCGGUCUACGGGAGGACUCACAGAGGCCGCUACCACUACAGACACAGGAGCCACACGCGGCGGCGCCCCUGCAGGAGGCGCCGGAGACGGGCCUGCAGGCACAGGAGGCGCCGCAGAGGCUGCCGAAGGAUGAAGAGAAGGAGGAGGAGAUGCGGAAGGCAGCUCUAA